UGACUGCCGCUUUUUACGUCAAUUUUUAACGAAAAGUUCAACGGCUGCAUUUUUUUCUUGUUUUUCCAAUGUUUACAAAAAAUUGCAUCUGAUCAUUUUAGCCACAUGUAAACAAAACGCUCGAAAUGCAUUGUUUAGCAACAAUUACAUGUAUUGUCUGUUUGGCAUUCGUUUAUUGCGAGUUUUUGGCGGAUUUUUUUCAGCUUUCGCAUUGUAUGUGGCCAACAUUGUCGCCGGAAAAUGUUAAAAAUAAAAAUGAGGAAUUGAAGGCCAUGGUAAUCGCGGAUACGCAUUUGGUGGGUCCAAUACGUGGUCAUUGGUUAGAUAGACUAUACAGAGAAUGGCACAUGCAUCGGAGUUUCCAGGCCACAAUGCGGUUGUUCAACCCCGAUGCCGUUUUUAUUUUGGGUGACCUUUUCGAUGAAGGUGACUUUGUUAACAAUCGUCAAUUUGAUCAAUAUGUGCAACGUUUCCAUCGCAUAUUUAGCACGCCAAGCGGUGUGCCCUUUAUUAGUGCUGUGGGCAAUCAUGACGUCGGAUUCCAUUAUAAAAUGGAUAAUCGUUUCAUUAAUCGCUUUUCGAAUUAUUUUAACAAUACCGGUGUCGAAAUGUACACCAUCAAAGGAAAUCAUUUUGUAUUGAUCAACUCGAUGGCAAUGUUAAAUGAUGGUUGCGGCUUUUGUAAUGCCGCUCUUCGCGAUUUAAAUAGAAUAUCAGCACAAUUAAAAUGCCUGCAAAACAGUAAAAAGUGUAACGAUUCCUAUACAUUAAAAAAGCAUAAAACCUAUAGUCGUCCUAUAUUAAUGCAACAUUUUCCCACCUAUCGAAAAUCGGAUGCCGUUUGUAGGGAACAUGACUCACCAGUUAUCGAGUUGUUUCGUGAAAAUUGGGAGGUACUCUCAAAAGAAUCGACCGAUUUUAUAGGCGCACUGCUGAUGCCGCGUGUUUCCUUCGCUGGUCACAGCCAUCAUUAUUGCCUAAGUAUCAAUCGUUUUGGUAUUGAAGAAUAUACGGUAGCUUCCUUCAGUUGGCGGAAUAAAAUUGAACCAAGCUUUCUACUGGCUUCAUUUAGCUCAACGACGUAUUCGGUAUCAAAAUGUGAUAUGUUGCCCCAACAGCAUGUCUUCGAUAUUUAUAUAGCGUCUGCGACAUUAAUAUUAGCAACGAUUGCAUGGCAUUUUUAUCAAAAGUUCCUCAAAAACCCAAACGUAUCCAAACACAUUCCCACCAACUCGCUAAAGCUUGAUUAAAAUCGAUGCAGCAUUUUCAAAGUCAUGCAACACACAUACGUCAGAUUUAAUUUGUUGGUUUUAAGUUGUUUAUUUGUUUUUAAUGUACAUAUGUAUGCAUAUUAACUUACUUUCAUCUAAUUUCACUUUUGUUAUUGUAUUAUGUUUUAUUGGAUUUCAGUAACAUAAUUUAUUUUAGAAAAUCUAUAUGUGAAAUAUUUUUGAAUAGCACCUAAGAGACCUGGUAAGACCAUGAAAUUCAGGCUAUAGAAAUCUGUAAAUAAAAUAUAAUACACAAUUAAAUACAAGCAUA